GUUUAGGUAGGAUUUCGUGGGACAGACUAGGACAUAGACCUUGAAACUUACAUCUACGGUUUCGUGAAGUGAUCGUGCGUGCAUUGAGGAAGGAAUGAUGAACAAAAGCUCAUUGUCUAUUUAAAGCUUUGUAAAGGAAAAACGAUUUGUGUAGCAACAAGGCAGCCAGUGUGAGGUGAAGAGCGACGGUUGACCUUAUCGGGUGUAUGAGGCGUCAGUUCGUAAUCCUCCCGCUGAUCCUCUCUUAAUUAAGGAUGAUAAUGGCAAGAUACCUUAGCUUGCCAUCCAAAAUAUUCUCAUCCUUGUGAACAUUUAGAUGACAGAAUGGAAUCCACUAUAGACAGCAGCUUCAGUGUGGUUGAGGAAUCCCCAGAUGUUAUUCAAAAUUAUCCUCAUACUGAUGAUCUGUCAGAAACUCCAAAGUCCCACAAGAUUCCUCUGUUUCCCCACCGACAGCUACAUCCUCACAGCAACAAAGAAAAGCCAAUCACUGUAAUGGAUUCAGAAGAUGAAGAUAAUCCAGAUGUGAGUGGAAAUGGAAGAGACUUGCACUCACAGCUGAGUGAAGGCUAUGUUAACUCAUCAGUUUCUGUAAUUAGUUCAUCAGAUGAUGAUGAUGAUGAUGCAAAUCCUGUGCAAUAUCUCCAUAAACAGCCUCCAGUGUCUCUGCACACUCCAGGUGUUUCUUCUCAUUUCCUACCCAAUAAUGGUAUGAUGAGGAAUGAAAGUGGAACAGUGGUGUCGAGUACUCCAACAUAUGAAUCCCAGGCUGAUCCGGAGAUGUGGAAUAACACUAGUCAAAUAAUCCCAACAGAUGAUAAUCUUGAUAGUCCAAGGUCUUCAUUUAUUCAAAGAAAUCCAAGAAAUAUUGCUGCUGUAGGUUCAGAUGCAAGUCCUGAUGUAAGUAAAGAUCACAGGGACACCUUUAGAGAUUGGAGAGGUUCUCAGAAUGUUCAGAAAACAAAGAAAAAUGCUCAGAGCCUGAAAGUGAUGAAAUCUGAUACAGAGAGUGAUAAUGAUAGUGAUGAAGAUAUUGCAGUUUUACCCAGAAGAACCAAGCAGAUUAUUAUUACUAGUGACAGUGAAGAUGAAAAGGAUUCUCCCAUCAGGAAGGAAAGAGAUAAAGCAGCCUGUUUCUCCCCAAACAUUGAAGAUUAUGAACUACCAGACCUUAAUGUUCAUACCACGUAUGGUAAGAGAGAAAAGGAUGGAACAGGGAAUCUUUCAAUGGAUAGUGUGAAGUCUCUGACGAACCAAGAAAAAUAUGGUCACAAGUACAAGAUAAAGAAAAGUCCAACUACAUCUGACAGAGAAAUUUCAAAUCACAGUCUCAGUAAUCAGUCUGGAAGUCUUCUGGAAGCAUCAGGAUCUUCUAUGGGCAACACCAGUGGACGUAACCAGUCAUCUUUUAAUUUGGCUGACAUGACUGUAGCAGAAAUAAAACAAAAACUUAAGGAGAAAAAACGACUUCUACCUCGAGUGGACACAUCACUUCUGCCAGAUGGAGGAGCAAGAAUUCGGAAUCAGAUACAAGAGCUGGAGGCAGCCUUGGCUAACUUAAGCAUGGAAAAUAAUCAGAGUGAAAGCAGUCUGAAUUCUUCUGCCAACAUCAGUGGAUCAUCUGGUAGCGAUAUCUCAGCUUGCAGUGCUGCAAGCAAAGAGAUAUCAACAGUAUCUCCAGAUGCUUCAGAUAGAGUUACGUCUUCAGACAUUACAUCAUUAGAAGAAAAACUUAGGAAGAAGAAGAUGGAUUACCAGCUCAGCAAUCAAAAACUCUCACCUGAUGGAGGAGAAAAAUACUAUGCAGAGAUUCGACAAUUAGAGAAAGAAAUUGCUAAGAAGAAGAGUACUGGUAUGUACAGGUAUUUACCUCAAGUUCCUGAGAACAAGCAGCUAGUGGGUUCUGAUAAAUCUCCAUCGGUUGAAGAUUCCAAACUGGAAGAAAAAAAGAAGAAACUGCAGGAGCUCCAGCGGAUCUACCGGUCAUCAAACAUCAGGCAGCUGGAAGAUGGGGGACAAAGACUUCGACAGCGUAUUAUUGAGUUGGAAAAGGAGGUGAUGCUCCAAGAAAUCAAAAACAAUUCAAAACCCAAACGUGAAGUAAUUUUAGUUGAACCACCUCAGCCUUACAAGCAGUCACAUGUGCCAAAUGAUAAAGAGUUAAAACUUACUGUUAAUGACUCAGAGAUGCAUCUUAAGCAACAUCUGUCUCAAAAUGUUCUUGAUGCUUUGUAUACUUCUGAUAAAAAUUUUGGGAAACACAACUAUGGAGGAAAGGUAUCUUAUGCUCGACAUAGGGAGAUGGUGAGAGUUACAACUGAUGCUGUUGAAAGUUUGCAUAAUGCUUUGCUGUCAUGUCCUGAUGUUGAAGUGACCAAAGAAGAACAACCAUCUUGCUUAAAGGUAGCUCUCAUGGAUCACCAGUGUCGAGGGCUGGCUUGGCUUCUUUGGAGGGAGUCACAAUUGCCUCCUGGUGGCAUACUUGCUGAUGACAUGGGCCUUGGGAAAACUUUAACUAUGAUAUCCUUGAUAUUGCGACACCGAGAACUGGUUAGUGAAGGGAUCCUUGCUGAUGAUUUCUCAUCUCUUAAAGAAGAGCAAGAUAGUGGAGAAGAGGAUACAGGUGGAUGGAUCACAAAAAAAUAUGGAGGUACAUCAAGAUUCUCUUUAGUUCCAUCCAGUGGGACAUUAGUGGUGUGUCCUGCUUCCUUGCUGGGGCAGUGGGAGGGUGAGGUUAAGCGACAUGUGCAGAGAGGCAACUUGAGGAUACUUGUGUACCAUGGCAAUGCUAGAGAUCGUAGUGCAAAAAGUCUGGCUCAGUUUGAUAUUGUAAUCACAACCUACCAGAUAGUUGCAAGAGAAGGAUUCAAAUUUUGUGAAGAUAAGCAGUUGGAGAAAGGAAAAAAGGAUGAUGUUCCAAAGGUUAGAGCCAAGAAUCAAGGAACACUCUUUCAAGUUGGGUGGAAUCGCAUUAUCCUGGACGAGGCUCAUAUUAUCCGUAACCACAGGAGUAAGACAUCCCAAGCAGUGUGUAUGCUCCGUGGAGGUAGACGGUGGGGACUGACUGGUACUCCUAUUCAGAACAAAGACUUGGAUCUCUACUCUUUGGUGCGAUUCUUAAGGGCUGCACCUUUUGAUGAAUACACUUGCUGGAAACACCAAGUGGCCAACAACAGUGCUCAGGGGAGACAGCGAAUGAGUCUAUUGGUGAAGGUGUUGCUACUCCGAAGGACAAAAGAUCAGGUUGAUUUGAAAACAGGGAAGAAGAUUGUGGAUCUGCCUGAGAAAACAAUUGUGCAUCAUGAGCUGUAUCUCUCACAAGAAGAACGAGAAGUUUAUGACCGCAUCUUUACAUACUCAAGGUCAGCUUUGGUGGAUUACAUGAAAUCAAGCGAAGAGAAAGAAAAUGAGAAGGCAGCUAAGUGGCCUGGUGCAAAUAAUCUUGCCACCAACUCUUCUAAUAAGGAAAAUGAGGCCAAGUACACCCCAACUCUAGGAGGAGAAGCCCUUGUGAGUGGGAGUGUUAAGGCUCACCAUCUCUUGGUGCUGUUGCUUCGACUUCGCCAGAUAUGCUGCCAUCCAUCACUCAUUAGGCAGAUGAUAAAUGAUGAAAGUGUUGAAACAGAUGGAUUGGCAUCUGAUGAACAUAAUGAGAUUGACGAAGACUUGGUAGCACACAUGUCAACCUUGAAUAUCAGCGAAAAUGAGAAAGAGAGCAGUGAUGUGCUUACCACUGCCAACCCAGUCUUCAAGGAUACAUCCAAAAGCUCAAAGGUGAUGCUUCUGUCUUUGGCUACUGGAGGUGUUGGCCUGAACCUAGUAGGAGGCAACCACUUGUUUAUGCUGGACAUGCAUUGGAAUCCCCAGAUGGAAGCUCAAGCUUGUGAUCGCAUAUACCGAGUUGGGCAAACCAAGCCCGUCACAAUUCACAGAUUUAUUGUUGAGAAUACUGUUGAGAAAAAGAUAGUUGAGCUCCAAGAAAGAAAACUCCAGCUUGCAGAUGGUAUACUGUCUGGUGCCAAACAAAAGACAAGCAAUAAACUGACCCUGGAGGAUAUGAAGACUCUUUUCAACGUGACUUAAACUGGUUUUAUCAGGUGAUGUGUAUGAUUGAUUGUAUGUGGAAGAUGGAGUAAGCGACAUAGGUGUUCCUGCAUCUGCUGGAACUUGAAGACAGAAUUUCUUUUGAAUGAUACACACCAGCAUCUAGAACAAGAACUGAGGGAAACAACUCUGUAAUCAUUCUGCCAUCUCAUUGGAAAAACAAAUCUUUUAAAUUUGAAAUAGUAUUUGGAUUAUUGGGUGGCAGUAUUCUGCUGUUCUGUCCUUUUAACCUCCAUUUCUCUCACUGAGAAUAUUGAAACAGAUGUGCCUUUAAUCCAAGUAUCACUGCCACAGCAGGUUUUCUCUCAGGCAUGCACACUGAAAAGUAAUUGUUAUAUAUAUAUAUAU